UAUAAUCAGAUCUCUGGUGGAAUGUUCAUGAGUUUCAAACUAUAUCCGUAACGGUAUCUAUAUUAAAUGGUUUAUUUACUUUCUGUUUCGACUACCUUGAGCUAUUCGAUACAUCGCAACGAAAGAAAAAUAUUUAGAGAGUUUUUAUCAAACUUUUUAUUUAUUAGAGAAGAUAUAUUUUUAUUCAGUUUAAAUGUAUUCCUAUCAUAAUGUUUCGUGGUAAAGGUUGGUUUUCUGGAGGCAUGUGGAAACCAAAGAAUCCACACUCUUUGGAGCACUUGAAGUACCUUUAUCAUGUACUGUAUAAAAACCAAACUGUCACUGAGCAAAAUAAGGGUUUAUUAGUUGAAACCCUUCGUUCAAUUGCAGAAAUUUUAAUUUGGGGAGAUCAAAAUGACAGCACUGUUUUUGACUUUUUCCUUGAGAAAAACAUGCUGUCAUUUUUCCUAAAGAUUAUGAAGCAGAAAUGUGGACGUUAUGUGUGUGUGCAAUUGCUUCAAACUCUGAAUAUACUUUUUGAAAACAUUAGGAAUGAAACAUCACUGUAUUAUCUUUUGUCAAAUAACCAUGUGAAUUCCAUCAUUGUCCAUAAGUUUGAUUUCUCAGAUGAAGAAGUUAUGGCUUAUUACAUUUCAUUCUUGAAAACUUUAUCUUUAAAACUGAAUACUCAUACUAUUCAUUUUUUCUACAAUGAACAUACAAAUGAUUUUCCUCUUUAUAAUGAAGCCAUUAAAUUCUUCAAACAUAGUGAAAGUAUGGUUCGUAUUGCUGUACGAACAUUGACAUUAAAUGUUUUCAAAGUGGAUGACAAAGCAAUGCUGAAAUUUAUCCGAGACAAAACAGCAGCUCCUUAUUUUUCGAACCUUGUAUGGUUCAUAGGAGAGCAUGUCAUGGAAUUGGAUAAGUGUGUGAAAUCAGCUUCAGAGUUUCAGAUAAAAACAAAACUGGCAGAUUUGGUAGCUGAACAUCUUGAUCAUCUGCACUAUCUGAAUGAUAUAUUGUGCCUACACAUUGAUGCUUUGAAUGAUGUUUUGACUGACCACUUGUUGAACAAAUUGCUCAUACCAUUAUAUGUGUAUUCAUUAGUUCAAAAUGAACAAAGUGCCAGUAGUGAAGAAGAAAGGCCUCAAGUUAGUUGCAUUGUUGCUUUAUUCUUGCUCUCUCAGGUUUUUCUGAUUGUCUCACACAAACCUCUUGUUCAGCAACUUGCUAAAAUAAUACUGAAUGCAGAAAUGUCUUUGUUCAGCAAUGGGGUUCCAAAUAUUACAAUGAGUGAACAUUGUACUUCUGAAAUAUCUGCAACUGCAGAAGCCUCUCAUAAUCAACAGCAUAGUGAAUCAACUCUUCAGGGUAUUAAUAAUACUAACUGUACCAAUGGAACCAGUGUUGAAGAAGGAUCAAAUAUCACAGAUGAAGAAAAAGCUGUAGCUGCUAAAAUGUCAACUCAUUUUGAAACUAUGCAAAAAGGUUUUUCUUUGUCAAACAGGCCAUUUUUGGAAGCAAUUUUUAAUGCUUUAGACUGCACCGAGAAUGACCAUGCAGCUCUUUUUGCCUUGUGUGUUUUAUAUGCUAUAGGACACAAUCCAGGUAUUAAUCAAGAUCUUCUAGAUUCAGUUCUAAUGCCUUCUGAAAAAUCUGAGACAAAAUUCUGUUACAACGUUAAUUUGGUGGAAAGAUUGAUUCAGAUCAUUAAUCUCAGUUGUCAAUAUAGUAGUAAAAUACGAAUUGCAACUCUGCAGAUGACUAUUUUAUUACUAAAGCAGUUAGCUGUAACAGAAACUGAGAGCAGCCUUCUAGAUCAACAUUUAGCUGCAAUAGAACAAAGUCAAGAAGAAAGUACUUUAAUGCUAAGAAAUUUUUACAAAAGUGAAGAAAUUUUUUUGGACAUGUUUGAAGAUGAAUAUGAGAAAAUGAAAAAGAAGGCUUUGAAUGUGGAGUAUUUGAUGAUGGAUGCAAAUCUCUUGCUGCCACCCACUGGAACACCAAUGUCUGGCAUCGAAUUCCAUAAAAGGCUGCCUUGUGGGGAAGUUGAAAGAGCAAGACGAGCUAUUAGAGUGUUUUUUCUCCUAAGAGAUCUAUCUUUGACACUUCGGAGUGAAGAGGAAAACCAGCUUCCCUUGACAAAUAUUUCUUCUUGUGUUAAAGUGAAUGAUGCCUUAGAUUUAACUAAUAGUAAUAUUAUAAACUGUACUGUCAUUACCAAAGAUGGGCAAAAAAUAAAAGGUUUCAUGGUUAUCGAAGCUUUACAGUUGAUUUUAGUUGAUCCAGAUAACAAACGUGGUGGUUGGGGUAUAGCCAAAUUUGUUGGAUUCUUGCAGGACAUUGAGGUAACUGGUGAUAAAGAUGAUAGCCGUUGUCUCCAUAUCACCAUCCAUCGUCCGUCCAGUAUAGCAGGGGGGAGCAUUCGAUCUCCUCUUCUGGCUGCAAAAUUUGUCUUUGAUGAUCACAUCCGAUGCAUGGCUGCUAAGCAAAGGCUAAGCAAGGAACGACAAAAGGCUCGGCAAUUGAAGCUGCACCAAAUCGCUCGUCUUCUGGAACUACCAGACCACAUACAGCCAUGUCCCUCUCCUCUCAGAUACAGCCUGCAUUCAGUGAAGAGUGCAGACAUUUCAUUAAUGCACCGUAGCCAAUCUCAAGAUACAGGCCUGAGAGGAAAGACUGCUUCUAGUUCUCUACGUCCCACUUACUGCCACCACCGCCCUCUACUUCCUUCCUCCAGCCGAGUCCCAGGACAUGCAGCCAUACUCAAGCACAGUGAACCAGAAGAGAAACGUUCCUCUGAGCGCAGGCGGACUAGCAGCAGUCCCUCAUCCCCUAGGAGGCAUGGCUCUCGCUCCCGAGAGUCUUCUCCUCGACAGAGUGUCAGUUCAGAGGAGAUUCCAUUAGAAGAUAUGUCCCGAAUCCACAAUGCUCGUCAUGGCAGCCCCAGUAUAAGACGACGUAAUUCGUCCGGUUUGCCACAGGCAAGGAUCAGUGCUCCACCUGGUCUUUGCAACAUUCACCAACAGUUAGUGCUCGGUCAAAAUGUGAACUCUACUAGUGUGAAUGACAAAACCAAUACAGGCAGCUCUACUGAGCGGGGUCCUAGAUCCAGUGAUGAACUUUUCCCCAGAAACAUUGUUAAAGAAGAAAUGAGUGAGGCACCUACUGUUGCAAGGAAUCCAACAAAUGUUACAGAUACUCCUUUGGCUAUGCAUAGUCCUACUGAAGCUUGCAACAAACCAUGUUGUGUUGCUGAACAAUCAGAUGAAAAAUUCCAUCCACCUUCCUCUGCCCUGAAUGCUUCGGAGACAAACACUCAGGGUUCUUCUGGGAGCAAAGUCAAAGGAGCCAUACAGACUGUAUAAAAUGUACCAUUUCCUUGUUUUGUAAUGUAUUGAAUCACUUGUGUGGGCUUAUAUUCCUUUGGACUAGGCCUGGUUUAAAACUAUAUAAUAGGUUACUUUACAGUGAGGUAUUUAUUUUUACUGCAACAAAAUUUUGUUUCUAAUAUCUCUCUAAUUAUUCCUUUAAUGGUUAAAUUGAAGUUUUGGAGUUAUUCAUUGAGUCUGUGCUGUUUUUCUAAAUAAACAUAAAAUUUUAUGGUAUGAUUUAUUUAAUUAUGUAGUGAUCAUUUUGUUCCAGAUUUCUUCCCCCCCCCCUCCUCUUUUUUUUUUUUUUUUUUUUUUUUUGCAUUUUGCAUUUUGCAUUCAGCUGAGUAUGAAUUUUUAACUGUAAUAACAAACUUCUUGAACGAAAUUUUUUAAUAUAACAGUAUAAGCUUCUUUAGGUUGCUGAUUUACACAAUGAAUACUGGAACAUAAUUGUAUGACACUUGCAUUUUAUUAACAAUUUUGACUAUCUCAUUCAUAUUGUAAUAAUUUGUGUCAAACAGUUUUUUUUUUUUUCCCUCAAAAUUAUAAAAUUUUAGUAGAUUCCUUGAAUGCAGUAUAUUGAAAAUAAUUGAAUAAAAUUGAUGAAAUUUUGCAAAUUACUUUUAGCACUCAAUUCUAUAUAUGUAUAUAUAGGUCUAAUUAUAUUCUGUCAGUGUAAUGAAUAUGUCCAUUCGUUUGAAUAUUUGUAAAGAAAUCACUUUGAAAUGUUCUAUUUACAAUAAAUGAGCAACGUGUCAAUCAGAAAAAUGCUUCAUAAACCUAAACUAAUACAAUUUUUUUUUUUUUUUAAAUGGGAAAAUUUUUCGUCUUUUUUUUUUUCAGACAAAAUUACUUAUACAAUAGAAUGAUAAAAAAAAAAAAGGAAAUAUUUUUUAGUGUGUAAUAUUUACCAUAUGUGUAGCAGAUAUAUAGAUUAUUUAUAUAAAUGCUGUAGAACUCCCAUUUAACCAAAUUAAUUGGGACCAGAUCCAAUCUAACUAAUUGGAUAAUUAAUGCAGGGUAUGAAAUCUCUUUUUAAUAUAUUGAUUUAAUGACUAUAAAAACAUAGUUGUAUAUAUUUUAAUAUAAACUAUAUUAAAAAUAUUGCUUGGACUUAUCAAUCGAAGUAGGUUGUUCCACAACUUUUAUUUGUUUUUACUGAGAAAAAUUUUAUUUCCAUAUUUCUUAUAUAGCAUUUUAAAUGAUUUUCUAUAAAAAUAUUUAAAAUUGUAACAUAUUUUUUUAAGAACUAUUAAUUUUCGUUACUUUUUUACCUAAACAUUUCACAAUUAUAACUUCACUGGAUAUAAGGGACAAUAGGUGUUGUACUUUCAUAUCUUUCAAAUUGUAUAAAAAAUAUAUUGAGGAACAAAUGUCUUGGAUUUUCUAAUUUUGGAAUCAGACAACAGUGUGGAUUUAAAAUAUCUUAAAAGAAUGGACAAUUAACAUGAAACUCCUUUUAAUAUGUUUUGUCUUGCAGUUUUUUGAAUUUUUUGGGAAAACUAUUGAGGAAUUUACAAACAAAUAUCUUGGAUUCCUAAAACUGAAAUUAGCCAACAAUAUAAUUUUGCCAGUUUCUUAAUAAAAUAGAAAAUUUUACAUUUUUAAGAAAUUUUGUCAAAAAAGUAAAGAAAAUUUAUUAAAUCUAAUGUCUUGUUGGGUAUUUCCAGAAUUGCACUGAAGUCACAUUUCAUACCUUUUUGAAAAACUGCACAAACUCAUUGGCCAAAUCGAUAUAUAUUUUUUAACUUUUAAAAAAUUUAUGAUUAAUGUUAUUUCUAAACAAGAGAUUUGAUUUUGAUAGGUUUUUAUUUGUUUUAAAUAGAAGGUUUGAAGUUUCACUUAUGGAGAUGUGUUGUAUAAAAUUUCACAUUGAGUAAUACCAUAGUUAAUUGCUAAAAUAAGUAAACAGCUUCUUUUUUUUUAAUUGUAAAAUUAAGAAGGAAACAAGCAUAUAGAUUUCAAACAUAUUAGGAACAUUUCAGAAAAUAUAGUUGAUGUAUAAUUAUUUAUACAUAUGUUGUAAAUAAUCUUUUCCGCACUGACUUUGAUUGAAUGUUUGCUAAAAGGUUCUAAUAUUUUGUGAUGAAGAUAAUUUUAUAUUUUCAUUAAAUCAUUUAUAUAUAUAUAAAUUAUUUCUUUUCUUGUAUAAUAAAAUGUUUAUUUUCAGUAUGAAAUUCAGAAUUAUUAAUACCAGUAAUUGUUAUACUAAUGAUUUAUAGCGAUUGAAAUUUAGUGGGGUUUUUUAAUUGUAAUGUAUAAAUCAAAAUUUAUUUUUUAAUGUAUGAUAAAUGCUGAUGUAUAAUUUGUAACAUUGACUGUUGUACAAGAUUUAUAAAAGUUUAUUUUAGUCAUUGUCAGUGAGUGUAUAUAUGCUUUUACUCAUUACAAAUCUCUGAAACAACAUAAAGAGAAAAAAAUUUCUCAAUUGCAGUCUACAAAAGGAGGAUUUUCACUUAAUAUAAAUUUCUUUGUUGCACCAAACAAUAUGGGAACUGAUAUAUAGCGAAACAUGUUUCUUUUGAAUUAUCACUAGAAGUUGCAUCACAAGAUUUUGUUCAUUGUAUUUUCAGGUUUUCCAUUUUUUACACAAGCAAACAAAUGCAAUGUAUUUUUAUAGUUUCUAAAUCUCCUCUUCUGCCCAGCAAAAAAAAAAAAAAAUUAACUAUCUCUAUAUUGUUUUUGUUAUAUCAAAAUAUUGUAUAAAAGUUUUCAAAACAUUUUAUUGAUAUAAGACACUUGUAUAGAUUAACUGUAUCUGUUUCUGUAUUGUUAUAUGCAAUUGUUGCAUUGUAUUUGUUAUUGUCAUGAAUGCCAUAUAUCGUUAGUGGUGCCAACUGUUGCAUCAAAUUUUUGUAUGUUUUACAACAUUUUGGUGUAACAGUGGCGAAAUAUGCCCACCAAAAUGGAGAAUUUUAAUCUUUGUUUGGUUACAGUAUUUAAAGCCACUGUAAUAUACUUCUGAGAUGCAUACCUAUUGUAUGGAUUGUACUACACAAAAGGAUAAAUUUGUUUAACUCAAAAUAAACUCAAAAUAAUUUUAUAAUUUA